AUGAAUGAAGAAAGGACACCAUUGUUACUAAAAGAUACCAACACAUUCAGAUCAUUGCUGUACAAGAAGAAAGUCACAAUCAAUGAGAAUCUAAAGCUCAUAUCAUCGAGGUUGAAGCAACCAGGACUCAACAUGUCCAAGAUACAAAAGGACAAGAUAAUCAAAGACCUGCGCGAUGCCACCAAUCGCUACGAAGAGUUGAUCAACAUUGCACAUCAGAAAGAGGCCCAGCACAAUCCAAUCAAUGACCCAGAGUCGAUUGAAUUCCACAGGAACUCGUAUAGAGACCCACAGAUGAUUGGAAGUCCAGAGAGGACGCCACAGGAUCAAGAGAGCAAGUACAUGACGUUUGGCCUGGGCGGACAAUUGAUCGAUCAGGAACAGAUUUAUAAUGAUAUUAUCGAGGAGAGGAACAAGGCCACAAGACAAUUGGUCGACGAUCUGAGGACACUUCAAGAGGUUGUCGGUGAUAUCUCUGAACUGGUAGUUGAGCAAGGUGAACAAUUGCAGACUGCCCACACCAAUGUGGUGCAGGCCGAUGCCAAUGUUGAAGUGGCUGUAGACGAGCUACAAGAUGCAAUGGUCUACAAGACAUCCUAUCGAAAGAAAGUGUUCUUCCUGGUCAUCUGUCUAUCAAUCACAUUCAUCGCCCUUGCCAUCUUCCUGGGUCUGUGGUUUGGUGUCUUCCACAGAUGA